GCACUGGAGGAUCCUUUCCCCAUCUUGCGGCCUAUGGUUCCGUACCGUAUCUAGACUCACGUCGAUUUUCUUACCCCGCCUUGGAGCGAUACAUUGAUCGUAUGCUCCAGGUACGUAGUCGCCCCCUUAGCCGUGGUUAGUGUGGAUGGAGGUAAAAGGUACCGGGCCACAAUCGUUCACUUGUACUUUACUCUUCACCACGGGCUCGAAGGUUGGCACUGCUGGUAAGGACCAGGAUAAAAAGAACCACAACCACGACCACUUGCUCCUCUUUCCCUCCAGUCCCCCCCAAACUAAAACUAGCUCGGUCAUAGCUCACCUUUCACAAACCCUCCAACCUUCAACUCGCGCCACUGCUGCUCGGUGCUCCGACCCGUGGCUCGCUGUUUUCUCCUCCUGGCUCGUCUGGUCCAGUGGCCUGAGGUCGACUUUGAACUAGUCCAGAGCUACCUCCCUUAGCUUGCAUUAAUAUUAUCCUCCUACGCAACUUACGACUGUACAACCUUGCCUUCUCCUCUUCUUCCCUUCUCCUACUACCACCGU